AUGGCUAAGAGAACGGGGAAAUCUGUAUCUAAACGAUCCUCUGGUAGAGAGAAUGAGGAAGAAGAUCCAUAUGGCUUAAAUGAGGUUGAUGAUUUCGCAAAAAAGAGGGAGAAGGUGAUGCUAGAGGAUGCUGGUAUUAAUGAACGUGAAGCGUCGGAUAGCGAUGAUUUUUCUGUUGACGAGGAGGAAGAGGUGUUGGGAAUGUCUGAUGAAGAAAGUAGCGAUGAGGAUGUUGAAGAUGAAGAUGAGGAUGAGGAUGAAGAGUUGGAUGGUGAAGCUGCAUACAAGAAAGUGUUUGGUAGGAAAUUGGAAAUGGAUGAAAUACCAGAAGAACGAGAGGAAGGAGGUAUGUUAGAUAAUGACAAUGCAUGGGGUACAUCUAAGUCAGAAUACUAUGGUGCAGAUGAUUUAGACGACGAAGAAACAGCUAAGGAGAUAGAAAAGGAAGCAUUACGUCAACAGAAGAAGCAUCUUGAGGAUCUCCAAAUUGAUGACUAUCUUGAAGAUGAGGUAGAAGAAGAAUGGGUAAAAGAAGCGAAGGCUUUCGAUAUGGGUCAGUUUCAAGGUCAAAAGGAUGAUAAGAGUUCCAACCAAGUAUCUGCUAAAGAUAUUCUAAAUAUGGAUGAUGAAAGUAAAGAAAACUUUUUGACGACUUCCUUCCCUGAGUAUCUCCCUCUAUCAAAAGAAUUCAGUAAACUUUCGCCCGUUCUUGAGGAACUCAUUGCAAAGCAAAAAACUGAAAACAACGAUUCUCUUCAAGCCAAAAUAGUAGCACUAUCGUGCUACUUGGGAACGAUAAGUACAUAUUUUGCAGUGUUCUUGCAUGAGCUACAGAACAAUGAAGAUUUUACUACUAUGAAAAACCAUCCUGUAAUGGAACGUAUCUUGGAAUGUAAGGAAAUAUGGAGACAGGCUAACGAACUUCCGGAAGUGGAUUCUGCGGUAUAUGAACAGACAUCUGGAGUUGAAAGCAAUGUUUCCGAUAUUGAAGAACUUUCUGAAGAAUUGCUACAGGAGCAAGAUGAAUUGGACGAAGAGGGUUCAAGUGAUGGCAGUGAGGAUGAAGCCAUGGAAGAUUCUGAGGAGGAAGAGGAAGAGGAAGAAGAGGACUUUGAUAUUGAAUUGUCUGAUAGAACAGUUAUUAAAAACAGAAAAGAAGACCUACCACAGGAUGUCGAUGACUUUGUUGAAGAUGAAAUUGCCGAUGUUGAUAAACAAGAGAAGAAAACCAGAAAGAAAACUCUUCGUUUCUAUACCUCUAAGAUUGAUCAAAAGGCUAACAAAAAGACAGAAAGAUUCAAGGGUGAUGACGACAUUCCAUAUAAAGAAAGGUUAUACGAAAGACAGCAAAGGCUUCUUGAAGAAGCUAGAAAACGUGGUUUACAUGAUAAUAAGGCAGCAGACCUCAACAAUGAAGACUACAACUCUGAUGAUGAAAAGACAGCCAAGAAUAUCAACGACGAAGCUGAAAGUGAAUAUUACAAGAGCAUUAAAGCUGAUAGACAACGUAAGAAAGAAGCGCGUAUGCAAGCUCAUAAGGAAGUUACAAAGGCGGCUAAGGAAGGUAAGUUGGCUGAACUUGCAGAGAACAUAACGGAAGAUGGUAAGCGUGCUAUCAAUUAUCAAAUUUUGAAGAACAAGGGUUUGACACCAAAGAGGAAGAAAGAGAACAGAAAUUCCCGUGUCAAAAAGAGAAAGAAGUACGAAAAGGCUCAAAAGAAACUCAAAUCGGUUCGUGCUGUGUACUCUGGUGGCCAAUCUGGAUCUUACGAAGGUGAAAAGACUGGUAUUAAGAAGAAUUUGACCAAGUCUGUGAAAUUCAAAAACUAA